AUGACAGACCUCGACAAGCAGAGUCUUAGCUACGCCGCUGUGUUCGACCUCAUCACCGACCUAGACCUCCACGGGAGCCAGUAUUCCUGGUGUUCGUCGAUCUUCUACAUCGGCCAACUCGUCGCCGAAUACCCCUUCAUCUACCUUAUGAGCCGUCUUCCUCUGACCAAGUUCGUCGGGGCUACAGUAAUUGUCUGGGGCGGCAUCUGCAUGUGUCUCGCAGCACCAACCACCUUCGCCGGCUUCGCCGCCGUGCGCUUCCUGCUCGGCUUCUUCGAAGGCGCCGUGAGCCCGGCCUUCGUGACCAUCACCAGCAUCUGGUACCAAAAGAAAGACCAUCCCCUGCGCAUAGGUCUCUGGGUGACGAUGAACGGCCUGGCGCAAGUCAUCGGCUCGCUGCUGAUGUACGGCAUCGGCAAGAACACCAGUCUGGGGCUGGCGCCGUGGCGGACUCUCUUCCUCGUGUGCGGCGCGCUGACCGUCUUCUCCGGGGUGGUGUUCUACCUCGUCAUGCCGAACGGCCCCGACGACGCGUGGUUCCUGACGCCGCGCGAGAAAGAGGUGCUCAAGCUGCGUAUGGCGGCGGACCGCGAGGGCGGCGAUUUCACACGCUUCUCGCUGGCGCAGCUCAAGGAGGCGGCGUUUGAUGUCAAGUCGUGGUUUGUGUUUGCGUUUGGGCUGCUGGUUACCAUGCAGUCGCCGGUGCUUACUUUCGCCUCCCUGGUGAUCAACAAUAUUGGAUAUGAUAAAUUCCACACAGUGCUCUAUGGCUCGCCGUCCGGCGCCGUGCAGAUCGUCUUCAUCUGGAUCGCCGUGAUCGCGUGUCUUUUGUUCCCGCAGAAGCGCGCCCUCGUCGUCAUGGUCUUGACGGUGCCGCCGCUCAUCGGGAACGUGCUGCUGCUGAAGCUGCCGCUGUCGACGAAAUGGGGGCUCGUGGUGGCCUCGUGGCUGGCCUCCAUCAUCUCCGACGUCAUGACGAUCCUGCUGAGUCUGAGCGCCUCCAACGUCAAGGGCAACACAAAGCGCGCCGUCGUGAACAGCCUGUUCUUCAUCGGGUACUGUGUCGGGUGUAUCGCCGCGCCCCAGCUGUGGCAGCACAAGCCCAAGUACUUCGAGGGCGUGGUGACGGCCAUCGUGACCUGGUGUCUUCUGUUUGUGGUUACGGGGCUGUACUGGUGUAUCUGUGCGAGGGAGAACAACAAGCGCGAGCAGGAGCUGGCGCAGGGGAUUGUCGGAGAGGAGAUUCCUGCUGGGGCAGAUGUGACGGACAAGGAGGACCGGAGCUUUAGAUAUAACUGCUAG